UCUGAAGAUUUUGACAGCGAAAUUUACAAAUUGUCAUCGCGUACAACAUUUAAACAUAUCUUGCCUAAUUUCCAGAAUGGUGUAUAAUCAUUUCGCGGCAGAACAUUAACAUUUUGGAUCAUUUGAACAAAAAUUCAUUGUGUACGAAUCAAAUCACGUACACACACCACGCCAUCUCUACGUUUUGCUCCGAGGCAAGCACCAUUCGAUCUCUCCCUGACGUCUCGUGCGUCGGCACGAAAUCAUCGCCCAAAUUAAAUUCGCUUUUAUUCAUAUGAACACUCCAGAUAUCACUAUCAAUUAAAUUCGCAACGUGUAAAUUAAACAUCAGUACUUAAACACUUAUCACCGCGUGCGAAGGUGAAAUGGGCACCGUGCAUGCAAAAGAAGGACAGGCUGCAAGUCACCUGCCCAAGGCAGAUAUCAACUAUGAGGAGUGUCAGGAGACCAAACAACUACCAUUAACUGUACCAGCAAGAGUUGAUAGGAUUCAUGUGGAAGGCCUGGGGCGCACAAAAAACGACAUUGUCGAGUCGGUCGUUAAGGAUAUCUUCACAGCAGAGACGUUUGAAGAUGUGCUCUUCAAGACACACAAAGCCAGGAUGAAGCUGGAUCAGCUGAAUCUGUUUAGGAACAUUGCAGUGCACAUUGACAUCAGCAGAGGGCGCAAGGCGACGCCGGAUGGUCUGGAGGUUACGUUUCAGGUGAAAGAGUUGCGCCGGCUUGUAGGUGGCGUUACCACCGAGAUCGGCAACAACAACGAAGGCUCAUUGGUGGUUGGCUUGAAGGCGCCCAAUAUGGCGGGGCGCGGUGAACGCGUCCAAGCAGAUUACAGUUACGGAUCAAAAUGCACCAACAAUUUCAACGUGGCGUUCAUUAAGCCGUUGAUAGGCGGAAGGAAUCCUGUAUUAUCGGCAUCUGUCUAUCAGCGGCACAGCGAAUGGCCGACAUCUGGGUUUAAACUGCGCGAGCGUGGACUGGUGCUUGAUUUCGGCAUUAAUUCAUUUCCACUUGUUAAACACAACUUUCAAUACGACGCAAGUAUACGCGACUUGGGCGUAUUUAGUCGUAACUCAUCGUUUGACAUUCGUGAAGAGUCGGGUGCUACGUUAAAAUCGGCAUUACGUCACAUCUUGUCAUCGGAUCUACGCGACGAAGCCAUUUUCCCAACAUGCGGUUCACUCUUUCAAUUCACCACGGAAUUAGCCGGUUUGGGUGGUAAUGUUGGUUUUGUAAAGAAUGAACUGUAUCUACAAAGCAACUAUUCGAUAAUCGAUGAUUUUGUAUUGCAAACCACAAUGGCCGCCGGUCUGAUGAAAUCAAUCAGCGACGAUAAACAAAUCAGCGUGUGCGAUAUGUUCCACCUCGGUGGGCCGUUAUCCUUGCGCGGGUUCAAAUCACGCGGCAUUGGGCCGAAAUCCGGCGAAGAUGCGCUCGGCUCGCUGUGUUACUUCUCCGGCGGGCUGCAUUUGUACACACCGCUGCCAUUCAGGCCCGGCAGAGGGGGUUUCGGCGAGUUAUUUCGCACACAUUUAUUCGUUAACUAUGGAAAUGUCGCUGACCCAAACAAAGAUGAACCAAUUGUGGAUCAAUUACGAAACAAUAUGCGUGUGUCUUCCGGUGUGGGUGUUGCCGUCCGGCUUGGACAGAUGGCGCGCGUCGAAGUCAACUAUUGUUUCCCGCUGCGGUCGGAGCAGGACGAUCGCGUCAAUCCCGGCGUCCAAUUUGGCAUCGGCGUGCAGUUCAUAUGAUAAACAGCUCACCCAGCCCCACACAUAUACACUCGCUGUGUGGGCGUGUAGCUGUAGCCUAGUCACAAAUCAGAUUGCUCGCUCCGAGUGCUAGUUUAUUACAAUUCAAAAAACACUCUACUGCCUCGUAUUUGAUUCGAUAUUGCAGCGUCAAUAUUGAUUGCGGUUGGGUCUCUUGAUGCAUUUAGCGUAACAUCCCGUACGAAUGUAAUGUUGUUGUGUUUGACCUUGAGAAAUGAAUUAUUCUGUGAA